CCCAUUUCUCACCCGCUUCCUCUCUCUCUCUCUCUCUCUCUCCUGAUAAGGAAGCUUCGUCGCCGUCUCCUCCUCUUUCUCCGUCGCACCAAAAUCCACCCGUAUUGAAAGCCAAAAAAAUAAAACAGCUAAGGUUUAAAGGCAGGGAUCCGGCGAACUACGCAAGACAUUUUCUUCCCCGGGGAGAAAAUCGGGACAGGCUCCGGGUCAAAAUCUUCUCGUCGGGCAAAGUUCAGCUCCGGUUGGUGGUGGUGCUGCUGCUGCUGUCGGAGUCGAGCAGGGAGGGGUGCAGGAGCGUGGAUAGCUCAAGAAGAAGGGAGAGGGAGUUCACGAGGAGGAGGUGCCAGGCGCGUGAAGAAGCCCGAGCAAGGGCAGGAGGAAUCAAAUCAAGCCAUGGACUCGGAGCACUGGAUCUCGCGCCUCGCCGCCGCCAAGCGGUUCUACGCGGCGCAGCUUGGCCACGUCGACGAUAUGCCGGGGAUGGGGAUGGAGGAGAUGGAGAUGGGGCUGGAGAACGACGGGGACAUGGAGAUGGAGAUGGCGCUGGAGCUUGGGGAGGCGACGUGGCCGGAGGUGGCUUGCCCCUAUUGCUACGAGGACCACGACGUUGCGUCCCUCUGCGUCCACCUCGAGGAGGACCACCCCUACGAACCUCACGCCGCGCCCUGUCCCAUUUGCUCCCAAAAGAUUACAAGAGAUAUGCUUAACCAUAUCACCGUGCAACAUGGUUACUUGUUCAAGAAUGGUCACAGGUCUCGCAGAUUUAUUAUUCCUGAGAGCCAUGCUAUUUCUUUAUUGAGUCGAGAUCUGCGCGGUACUCAUUUACAGGCUCUUUUAGGGGGUGGUCAUAGUCACAGAUCAAAUAACACAGUGACCACAAACAUUUCCAGUGAUCCUCUUCUUUCAUCAUUUGGCCUAAGCUUUGCAGCAUCAGAUGCACUAGAACCAUUAAAAUCACCAUCUUCUAUUCCAGAUGGUGCCUCAGUGUGUAAGGAGACACCACCUCAGCCUUGGGAAUCAAGUAUUGAUUUGUCUCUCACGAGCGAGGAAAGGGAACAAAAGCGGAAACAAGCUACCGACAGAGCAGCAUUUGUGCAGGGCCUGGUGCUCUCAACUCUAUUCAGAGACCGACUGUUCGAACAGCCCUAGAUUCUUGCUAGUUGGGGCGCUUACUCCUGCCUGGUUCGCGUAGAUUGAUAGUGCUCCACCAGGGUUGGUGGAUCUAACAUUCUUUAUGGCAGGAAUGCGCCUCUGGAAACUGUAGUCCCGUUCUUUAUUUCAGUAAAGCGCGAAGUUGAUUUGGUCAUGAUACAGCUUAAUUUAAGCUAGCUGUUGUACCCUUGUUUUUAUCGAUUCAUCAUCCAGCAAUUCCUUAAGUGUAACUCAUUGGUACAUUGUGUUUGUACCAACAUACAUAAUAGCUGUAACAUCUACUAUACAAUGCAAAAAAAAAAAAUGGCACUUGUAUCGUAUGAGAGCGUGCCAAAGUGCAAGUCCUUGUAAACCA